GGGGGAGCUAACUCUGUUAGAAUCUCAGCAACAUGGCGGGUGGUGGGAUUAGUACUGCGUUUGAUACUUUCUUCAGUUCUUGGUUCCCAAUUAUAUUUGCCCUUAUUGGCGGUUUUGCAUUCGCUUUCAGGCAAUAUUUACGGGGAACACCUUAUCAGAGCAAAAAACAACUGAAAAAAGAGACUGUACUAGUGACAGGGGCAACUUCAGGAAUGGGUCAAGCUGCUGCUUCUGAUUUUGCUUCAAGAGGAGCUCGUGUCGUAAUGGCAUGUCGGGAUAUUGAAGCUGGCCAAAAAGUUGCUAAGGAAAUCCAGAAAAAGACAAAUAAUACUAACGUGACAGCUUUACAUUGUGAUUUAAGCUCCCUUGAUUCUGUUCGGAAGUUUGUUGAAGAAUUUAAAAAAUGUGAAUCUCAGCUGCACAUUCUUAUUAAUAAUGCUGGUGUGAUGAUGUGUCCAAAAACCUUGUCUACAGAUAAAUUUGAGAUGCAGUUUGCUGUGAAUUACCUGGGGCCGUUUUUGCUUACACAUCUUUUACUGGAUAUCAUGAAAGCAUCAGCACCAGCUCGUAUUGUCAACAUCACAGCACAUGCCCACCAACUGGGAAGCAUAAAUUUUGAUGAUUUAAACCAUGAUGAAGAUUAUAACCCUGGGCAUGCUUAUGCACAGAGCAAGUUGGCGGUUGCUAUGUUUACUAUAACAUUGGCAAAAUACUUGGAAGGUAGUCAAGUGAUCGUUAACUGUAUGAAUCCAGGAAUUGUAAACACCAAUUUACACCGCCAUAUGCCUUUCCGUGCACAUUCUUUUAUCAAUUUGUGUUUUUCACCAUUUAUAUGGUACAUGUUCAAGAAACCAGAAGAUGGAAUCAACACAAUAAUGUUUUGUGCUCUUGAAGAUGCCUUAGGAAAUACAAGUGGAAAAUAUUUUGUAGAAUGUUGUCCAGUUAAUUGGCACGAGAGUACACAGGAUGAAGAUGUCCAGAAAAAAUUGUGGGAAGAAAGUUUGAAAUGGACAAAUUUAAAAUUGAAAAGUUGAAUAAUGUUCUUUACUGCUUUGCCUCUCACUAGAGCAUAGCUAUACACAAACACACACAAACACAUAUACAUGUUAACACAAAAGUUUUUGUUUCCAUCAGUUUUGAAAUGGUACUUGAUUUCUCUUUAUUUUUUUACUCUAGAAUGUUUUUAAUUUGAUAUUUUAAUUUUUUUUUUUUUCAUUUUCAAACUCUUAGUAACUAUUUAAAUGCCUGAAAUAUGUUGUUAAUAAGAUUUACUUAUAAUAUUUCAAAUAAUAUUUCAGACAAAUAACUCUUCUUUAGCUCGUAUAGUUAUACCCUGUUUACAAUAUUUACAUCUGCAUUACAGUGUGGUUUCUUUUUUCUAUUACAAUAUUUACAAUAGAAUAGAUCUGAUCUCUGAUUGUCAUCAAGUUCCAUACUCCAGACCAUGUAUGUGGUCCUAGAUUGGGUUGGAGCUAGGAACUCUUAUCACUAAAAUGGAACAACAUUCUUGUCUCUAAGCUUACUUUUAGUUUAGAAAUAAUGGCUCCUAGAUAAAAUUCAGUCUAGAAUUAUGCAUACACAUCCAUGAAUGAAAUACCUGAUGAUGAUGAUUUGAGAUCAAGCUAAUUGUAAAACAAUGUAAAUAUUAAGUAUGCACACAAAUGAUGAAGUUAAUAGCUUGUAAAAUUAUAAUUUUUGUUACUAGCCACAUUAUUUCUGUUAUACUGUUGAUUGAAUCAUUUAUCAAACUGACAAUUAUCUCCAAAUACAUAAUUAUUAUUAUUAUCAUCAUCACCAUCAUCAUCAUCAUUAUUAUUAUUAUUAUUGCUCUUGUAACUUCUGCUGAAUUACUUUCACCUUCCAUCUCUUAAAAAUGUUUUUGUUGCUUGAUUGACUUCACAAGAGGAACUUAUAUACACAUGUAUGCACACUUGUGCACACUUCUAUGUACAAAUAUGCAAGCACACAUACACAUGUGCAUGCAUAAACAUACACAUGCACACCCAUAUAUAUAUAUAUAUAUAUAUAUAUAUAUAUAUAUAUAUAUAUAUAUAUAUAUACACACACACACACACACACACUGUGCAAUCUUCACAAUAGAAUGCCUUUAUUUCAAUUUUUUUUUUCGUUCUGUGUCAGGCCAUAUCUUCUCUGACAGACAGACCUCUUGAUCAGGACAGAUUUCUGCAUUAUUUGGGGCAAUUUAUAAUGCAUCAAUAAACUAAGUUUUUUAUUUUCCAUUUGGUGCAUAGAUGUAAAGAUUUUUCUUAGCUUGCUGCUGAUGCUUUGUGAAGGUUUUUAUACUUAGUUGCCCUAAGGAAAUUCCUGACACACACACACACACACACACCGUGAGCAGUAUACAUAUAUGAAGAAUGUAAGAAAGUGGUAAAUAUAUAUAGAGAGGGCGAAAGUUUACAAUGAAAAAAGCAUAAUUGAUAGAGAUAGACAAAUAGAGGAAGAAAUCUUUUCUGUUGCUGUCACAGAUUUUGAAGUUUUAAAAUUAAGUGAAAAUUUCAAAUUUGGUAUAUUGAUGUGAAUCUGAUUUUGUGAUUCAUUUAUUGCAGAAAAAUUUAACAAAAAUGUUAUAGAGGUUUAAAGUUUGAUAAAUUUUAUCUAGUCAGAAAACAGGAUUUGGAAGGUAGCAUUUUCUAAGUGAUACUUGUCUAUUAUAAAUUGAAAGUAAACAUUACAAGAUGAUGUUUUAAACAAAAUGAAAGCAGUUAUAUGUUAUGAAGAGAGAAAUAGACACCCUAAUGAAAUUUCCUACACACAUGCAUACACACACACACACUGACUCACAAACCCACAUACACACAGCGUGAGAGAUAUACAUACACAGAGAGUGAGAGAGAUGAAGAUAUAAGCAAAAUGAAAGCAGUUACAUAUCAUAUGAAGAGAGAGAGAGAGUGAGUGAGGGACAACAUGUGUGAAAGAUAUACAUAUACAGAAAGUGAUAGAGUGGCAAAUAUAUUUAGAGAGGGGAAGGCAUAAAAGAGAGAGCCUCGUGGGAACAGAUAGAGAAUGGGAGAUUUGUUGAUCUAAAAGUUGAAUUAUUUCUUGUAACAAAUUAUAUUUUUUGAUUAAUUAUAACUGAAUACUCUUCCAUUGAGAUGCAGAUUUUGAAAAUCAAAUCAGUUUUUCUCAAAGACACACUAUUUUGGAGUCUUUUGGGGCUACAUACAUACAUACAUACAUACACACACUCUCAUAUAGUAGAUAUUCAAGCACACAAACACACAUAUACACCAAGCACCUACUGUGUGUUGUAUUUAUAUACUCAGAGUAAGCAGUACUCAUUAAUAAAGUAACUUAACAAGAGCCCACACCUGACAACUUCAAAUAUACACCAUAUAUAUGUGUGAAUACACACACAUGAAUAUAUAUAUAUAUAUAUAGCUGUAGAAACCAUACUGAAUCAGACUGGAGUCUGGUGCAGCCUUCCAGUUUGCCAGACCUGGUCAAACUGUCCAACCCAUGCUAGCAUGGACAACAGACUUUAAAUGAUGAUGACACACGCAAAUGUAUAUACAUACACAUAUAUACAUAUGUAUCUAUAUAAGUUGAGGCACGUAGCUUAGUGGUUAGGGUGUUGAUCAUAAAAUUUUGCUUUCAAUUCCUGGACUAGGUGAUGCUUUGUGUUCUUGAGCAAAACACUUCUUUUCACAUUGCUCCAAUCCACUUAGCUAGUGAAAAUGAGUAAUCUUUGACAGACCAGCAUCCCAUCCAAGGACGAAUGUAUAUGCUAGAGAAACCAGGAAACCGGCCCUAUGCUCCUUACAGAGUAAUGUGGACUGGCCAUCUAUAUAUUUAAAUACUCACACACACAAAUGCAAAUAACUGUUAAAAGGGACUGCUUAGAACGAGGGUGUAUACAUGCUAUGUUUUCCUUACCUCAAUUGUAUGGCUUUGAUUUCAAUGUUGCAUGCAUUGGCUUCAGUACCUUGACAUAUAAUUAUCAUCUUCAUCUUUUAAUGCCUGCUUUCCAUGUCUGCUGGCAUGGUUUGGACUAGUCAUCACAUCUAGUCAGUUCUUAUUUGGAAUCAUUAUCUUUCUAGAUGGAUUAGAGUGCCUCAUCUCCCCUACCUAUUCCAGUUUUGGCAUGGUUUUUAUGAUCGAAUCCCUUCUUAAAUCCAAUUGCUUUACAAAGUGCACUGGGUGCAUUUUAUCAUGUCACUAGCAUUAAGGAGGUUGUCGUGUCCUUUGUUUGUUUUUGAUGUCUCUGUUCAACAACCAUUUCACAGAGUGUACUGAAUGCAUUUCAUUGUGGUAUGAGUACUAGAGAGGUUGGCUUGUUCCUUGCAAAACUACAAGAUCCUGUCUAUUCUACAUGCUUCAGUUAAUGCAAGGCAUGCGUGACCAAGAGGGUGGGUAGAACAGACAGUGAUGAUAGAGAGAGAAAACGGUUGAAUAAAGAAAAAGUAUAAGUAUUAUCAUGAUGAGAAAAACAGUGCUCGGACUGAGAGGGUAGUUAGGAAGGGAGUGAUAAAAGAGAGACAGUAGGAGGAGGAAUAAUGUGAGUGUGUGUGAAAAAUUGAAGGGUAUAGAUAGACAGGUAGAUAUAUAAUAUUCAGCUGUAAACAAGUUGGAUUGAGUCAUAUACACAAAGAUAUAAUAUGUGCAGAUUGCCCUAAAAUGUAGGCCCAUAGUUCUUCAAAAUACCCAUAUGUUGAACAAUAUGCAAGAUAUAUACAUAAUCAAUCAGACAGCUAGAGGUCUAUUCCUUCACUCUCAAAUGAACUAUCAUAUUCAGAUUUGGAACUUUAAUUUUCGGAGAGACAUAUUCUUAAUGAGAGUACUCCACAACUUUGGAUAAGUAAUAAUUUAAAUCACAGAAAGUCCCAGGAAGAAGUAAACAUAAUAUAUUUUAAUUAGUUCCUACAUUCUUAUUGUACACUCUCAGUAAACUUUACUGUACAGAAAAAUAUGUAUGUAUGAGAGAGAGAGGUAGGUAGGGAGGGAAAAAAUAAGUGGAUUGUAACUCUAUACACAUGUAAACAAACAUAAACAUUAUUGUAUAUACAAUGUAUUAGGUAUAGAGAUUUGUAUUUUUAUAUGUAGUUGUAUUUUUCUAUGCAUGCACACACACACACACACACACACACACACACACACACACACAUGCUAUAUUCUUAUAGAAGUUAUGAGGAGCUUCAGCAAACAUUUGUUUUGCUGAAACAAGGAUGGCCAUGUUUUAAAAAUAUAUUGUGUUCUGUCAUAAUUUUGACUUAACAAGGGUUAUCAAAUCAGUAUAAAUUUAUAUUCAUUAUUGCUAGGUUAUUCACUCACAUGAAAUGUAUUUCUACAAGUUAGCUCAAUCACCAUAAAUAAACACACUUCUUUAUAGUGACUGUUAAAACCAAGAAUGAAAAGCAGAAAGUAUUCAACCUUCAUGACACUAUAUUUAAUGCACGUUGAAGCUGAACACUUACUACAUGCAGUUAAAAUUGAAAUACAAAUAUAUAUAUAAAAAUUAUAAAUUGAGGUUGAAAUGGGAAAUUGUACCUGCAUAAUAUCAAAAUAUUGAUUUACUUGCAUUAAAUGAUCAAUUUUUAUAA